AGCCGCAUCAUAAGGACACUGUAUCUGGAGCAGGAAUUCUGGGUAAUGUAGUCCGGUAACCCUGUUUACUUCCGUGAUACCCAACGCUAACGGUUAUAUUAGGUAGCUUUACGACCCGAGAGUCAUUUUAUUUUAAAGCUGAAACGCUUUGGAGUAAAAGUUAUUGUCCACGAGCCGAAACAAAGGGAUAACGGUGAAGGAGACGAGGCGGUUUGACAAGUUUAGAGGAUAAAAGGUUUUAACCUGCAUCACGGUUUCAUUUGUGAACAAAUUAAACACGUCAUGUCUGAUAAUCUGGGGAGCGAAGCGUCAAAAGGAGACGGCGCAUGCGCACAGGAUACACCUGAUGCUGGAGGAGUCGAGGCUGUAGGAGGAGAGCCCAUGCAGGUGGACGCAAGAAGCCAUGCACACGUAUACAGAUACGGCCUGAAAUACCCCUCUGUUGGUCACUGCAUCAUCAUCAACAACAAGAACUUCCAUAGGAGCACCGGCAUGAAUCAGCGCAAUGGUACGGACGUCGACGCCGGAAACGCCAUGAAGACUUUUGGGAAGCUGGGCUACAAAGUGAAGGUGUUCAAUGACCAGAGUGUAGAUCAGAUCAAGAAACUUUUAACUGCAGUUGCCAAGGAUGACCACAGCCACUGUGCCUCAUUUGUUUGCGUGUUGCUGAGUCACGGAGAUGAAGGUGUGUUUUUUGGAACUGAUGGUGCUUUGGAGCUGAAGGCCUUGACACGUCUGUUCAGAGGAGACCGCUGCAGAUCUCUAGUGGGCAAACCCAAACUCUUUUUCAUUCAGGCCUGCCGAGGCACAGACCUGGACCCUGGUAUUGAGGUCGACAGUGACACAGAUAAUUCGAUGAAAAUCCCAGUGGAGGCUGAUUUCCUUUAUGCAUAUUCUACAGCACCAGGGUACUACUCAUGGAGGAACACGAUGACUGGCUCAUGGUUCAUGCAGUCUCUGUGCGAGAUGCUGAGUAAAUACGGCCAAGAGCUGGAGCUUAUGCAGAUUCUCACCCGCGUCAACUACAAGGUGGCACUGGAUUUCGAGUCUGCAUCCAACAUGCCUGGGUUUCAUGCCAAAAAGCAGAUUCCCUGCAUUGUGUCCAUGCUUACCAAGGAGAUGUACUUCACUCCCUGAAUGCAAACACGUACUUAAAAAUGGGGAUGAGGCCCCAACCAGGCAUGUUUAUUAUUACUAUUUAUACGUAUAUAAGGUAAAUGGGGAUCUGGUGUGGUGACCUGAAAUAUCUUAUUACUGUGGUAAAUUUCAUUGCACUCCACUUUACUUGGAAUAUUAUAAAUGGCAACAACAUAAAAUCCGUUAAAAUUCAGCUGUUUAAUUUCCAUGUUGGUUUUAUUUUAAUGUAUGUCCAAUUUCAGGGGACAGGAUUAUCCUCCGAUUUCAUUUCAUCUUCAUUUAUCUUCAUUCUCACACAAAUUUCAGCCUUAAUUUUUUUAAAAAAUAAAACCAAACAGGAAAUAAAACUGACACAAGGUCUAAUAACAUUUUAUAAACUGCAUAAAUGCUACUAUCUUUUUGAAAUAGUCUUUUUCGGAUUAUUAUGGGGUUCUAGUGGUCUAUAUUAUACUUUUAAGGUGCUAGAGGUUUUGGGAUGAUUGCUACAUCCAGAUAACUUGAAUGUUCAGCUAAAUGGUCAAAAUUUCACUUAAUGUUCUGUCCCUAGUGGUCAGACUUUGGGAUGAUGUUUUUUUGUUGUUGUUUUUUCCACAUAUACGUGUAGGAUUCAUUACAGAAAUAUAAUAAUUACUAUUAGGCAUUGUAAAAUUAGAUUUGUUAUGGUGGAUAAAGACACUUUUUUUUGUUGUUUUACAUUUAGAUUUUCUGUGUGGUGUUACACUUUCACAGUAGGAUCUUAAGCACAGCGUUUUCUUAGUUGGUUUCUUCACAUAAUUGAAAGAAAUAAUAAAAAAAAAAAACAAUGAGUAAUUUUGAGUAAGCAAAAAAAAAUUGUUAUACCACAAUACACAAGUGUGUUUUUACACACAUCAAUGACUGACUUCUAUCAACUACACUUACUGUUAUCCUGUUAAACUUGUCAGAAUAAACUAAUUGUUGUUAGGCAACCGGCAAACACAACCAACUUGAGCUAUUUUGUUACCUAGAUAGCACAUAAAGUAGUUAGACAGACAAUGUGAAGGCAGGUUUUCUUAAGUAAUAUAUAAAGAAAUAAGACAACACAAUUUGGUCAAAUAAUUGUCUUGUCAAAGCCUGAGACGGUAAGUCGUGAGGCAGUCGGUAUUUUUCCGCAGGGAGGCUUUUGAGAUUUAUCUGGAUUCUGUUACAAGUAAAACCACAUGGUCAGUCUGGGUUAAAUAUGUGUUUAUUUCAUUAGACCUGCAUCCGAGCCAUUAUCCAAUGCUUAUAUAUGACGAUAUAUGUGAGAAAACCGGAAUUACAGAAACAUUUUUAGUUAUUUCUCAUUGUGUAGCAUUUAAUGUUGUUUUUUCGCCCACAACAACUGAAAGGGAGUUGAGUGUAAGUCUGUAUUGUGCAUGUAUUGUUAGAUGCUGAAUAUCAUAUAGUGAACCUGCAGCUUUAUUCACCUGUAUGAGAGUUUAAGUAACCUCUACUAUCGUGAUUAUAUGAAACCUGCUAUUAACAGGACUUAACAAAUCCAAAUCAGGGAACUAGCAAAUUCGGCAACUGUGUAUGUGUGCUUACAGUAAUUUCACUAAUAUGAAGCUCUGGAUUGAAGCUUCUUUUUGGCAAGAGCUGAUAUUUCAUGCAUUUUGUCCUGGAUUGUUUUUAUACUUUCAAUAUGCUGUUUUGUGUUUAUAUAAUCCAUGGCAUUUGAUAAUAAUGAUAAUGAUGAUGAACUGUAGACCCUCAGCCAGUUGAAUUUAAUCAGGUAGUGUUUUUGAGGAACAUGGCCUUAGAACAGCGGUAUCCAAUCUUAUCCGGGAAAGGGCCGGUGUGGGCGCAGGUUUUCAUUCCAACCAAGCAGAAGCCACACCAGAGUCUACUUUAAGCCAAGAACAACUGAUUAAACAGGUGGAAUCAGGUGUGGCAACUGCUUGGUUGGAAUGAAAGCCUGCACCCACACCGGCCCUUUAUGGAUAAGAUUGGACACCGCUGCCUUAGAACAAACAGAGAAAACCUCAAGUGUACCUUCACUUUCCCAUGUGUCUUUGUACCGUAUGGGUAAUAUGAGCCAAUUACCCCUACGGUUUAACCAGAAGGCAGUGUGAACAUUUAUAGUAGUGAACAUUUAUAGUAGUAGAACACCAGUCCCUGUGUUUGCUGUCACUUCCUAAGGAUCUUUCUUGUACUGACUGUAUUUUUUCUGUAUAAAAGAAAAUGUACAUGAAAUAAAUAAUCUGAAUUUCUGUCACGCAA